GUCACUGUGAUUGAUCAAAGCAACGCUGCAUCCCUGCCUCAUGUGGUACAUUCCGGAACUCUCUAGUAGGCCUACCAACCGUGAGGAGGGGCGUUAACAACAGUGACACUUCGAUGUAGCUAGCUGUCAAGAGAGCUUGCUAGCCACUCGCUUCCUCAAAGUUCAACGUUGAUCUCAAAGCAAGAGGGGAAAGAAUAAUCAAAUAGAGCUGUCUGGUUGAACCAACUCUCUGGGGUGUAUCACCGUAGUGCCAUGGAGUUUCCAGAUCUAGGAGAGCAUUGCUCUGAAAACUCCUGCAAGCAGCUGGAUUUCCUACCAAUGAGAUGUGAUGCCUGUGAAGAGAUUUUUUGUAAAGACCACAUAAGCUAUGCAAAUCACAAGUGCAUGUCAUCCUACAAGAAGGAUGUCCAGGUCCCUGUGUGUCCUCUGUGCAACACCCCGAUCCCUAUCAAGAGAGGGGAAAUGCCAGACAUCAAGGUUGGGGAGCACAUCGAUCGCGAUUGCCAGUCGGACCCUGCUCAGAACAAGAGAAAGAUAUUUACAAACAAAUGCUCGAAAGGAGGCUGCAAGCAGAAAGAAAUGAUCAGAGUGACAUGUGACCAGUGCCACAUGAAUUAUUGUCUUAAACACCGACAUCCACUAGACCAUGACUGUAAGCCUGAAGACAAACCAGUCUCCAAAUCUGGAUUCGCUGCUUUCAUGCGGUCCCAAGGAGCAUCCUCUAGCAGUGCCUCCACUUCAGGCAGUAGAGGAAGUUCGAGGCCCGUGUCUAAUGGGAAUGCUAGGACCCAGAGUAGUCGUGCUCAGGCCAUUUAUACUCCAGCUCUGGCCAUGCGGCCCCCUCCAGCACAGAAUGUAGUACCUGCUUCGGCAUCCUUUCAGGCUGGCCUGACUGAGGAGCAGGCCUUACAAAGAGCGCUGGAGAUGUCCUUGGCUGAAUCGGCUCGCAGCACAGUCCAACAGCCAACGCUCAGCCCUCAGGAGCAGGAGGAUCUGGCUCUGGCUCAGGCCCUCGCUGCUAGUGAAGAAGAGUACAGACGCCAGCAGCGGAGACAACAGGAAAGAGAGUCCUCCAAACAGUCUUCCUGCAGCCUAUCAUAAACCCAGAGCCGUGUCUGAGCCCAAUCUGCUACCAACAGUAAUCAACUAGCAACUGUGCUACAUCGAUGGAACCCUCCAGCAGAACUCUUAAUGUCCAGGAUCACUGAUCCCAACUAAUGAACAGUCUGGGACUUUCAUAGAGAUACAUUGAAUAGUAUCACUGCUUUCUCUCUACUCAGCACAUAAUUUUAGAUAGGCUUUCUGUCCUUUUUACCGAUGGCUCUCUAUGUACAUAUUUUCUAUGUUGAUCAUGGACAUUUAACCUCAGAAUCAAUGUUUCUUGAAUAAAUUAUUUUAAAGAUG